GUCAGGAGUCACAUAAGCGAUGCAAGGGAAUCUCAGCAACGUAUCUAGCGAUAUCCUCGACGCUGAUGUUCAGUUUGACGGAGAGCUUAUAUUUCUGGUGUUCGUGUUGUUGCUAAUCCUUGCAACAGUCGCCGGUAAUGGCUUCGUAUUCAUGGCCGUUUAUACAUUCCGUGAGUUGCGGACGGUGACAAACUACUUUAUAGUGGCCCUUGCCGCGGCAGAUGUGGCCGUUGCUCUUUUGGCGAUGCCAGUAUGGCUUGUAAGAUCACUUGUUCACGUUGAAAAGGAACAAGAUGAAUAUGUGAUAGAGUUGUGCACCCAAUGGAUCGAUCCAUUCUGCUGCACAGCAUCCAUUGUAAACGCUACGUUAGUCUCCAUUGACCGUUAUUGUGCCAUAAGCAAGCCGCUGCACUACAGAACUAUGGUGACACCACUUCGUGCUAAGCGCUCCAUAGCCGUAGUGUGGGGAUUCGCUGUGGCCAUCGCAGGAAUCUCUUUCCUGCAAUUUCAUGAGUCCUACACGGUUAUCCAAGGCUAUGUUUUAUUUCUAUUUGUGACGUUAUUUUGUAUUCCCUUGAUCACGAUGUCGUUUGCGUACAUCUCGAUCUGCAGGGCAGCCAUCCACCAGAUUUCCAAGAUGCACUCCACACGACUUAGCUCGACUUCUUACGACCAAGACAGGAAGCAGUCGUUUGAACGACGAAAACGCUUCUUCAGAGAACUGAAAAUCACUAAAAUGCUUGCCGUCAUAGUGAGCCUAUUUGUAAUCUGCUGGAGUCCAUUCCUUGUCGUAACCCUCAUUGAAGCGUUUACGACGAAGGAAAUUCCAAUUGCAGUUCAAGGUGUCAUCGUGUUUCUUCCCUACGUGCUUUCAUGCGCAAACCCUUGGAUCUACACUGGAAUGAACAGGGACUUUCGUUUGGCUUUUAAAAAGCUUUUUUGUACCUCAAAGAUUCUAUGCCUCAAACGUUCCAGAGAGGGUAACGCAAACGAGCGCAUGUUGAGGCCACUACCGUCGACCACAGUCGAUGAAACUUUUAUUUCUAAUGGCUUGCGACAAGGGUCCAACUCUAUUCGAAAGAUUUCCAAUCGUGGACCAGAAAUCUUCAUUACUGCCGUUUAACUUUUGAGAUGGUCGCAUAGAAAAUAUCGAUUAAUUCCUUCAUCUCCAAUUGUUUUUUCAAUCGAGCUAAUGACAUUAUAAAUAUGAUUUAAAGCCUAAAGGAUGCACUUUUGCAAAGUUAAAUGGAUUAGGAGAGUAAGUUGACGUUCUUAAUUGGUGUGACAUUGCUCGGCAGACUUCUAGAGCGAUUGUGUUCGCCCAAUGUCAUUACUUUAACUGAAUGCACCACAGUUAUAAUGAAAGGUGAUAAAUGUUCUGAACUCAGCUGUAGAAGAUAUAUGCUCAUCUAAGAAAUCACAUAGUGGCAGACACAACUUAGAUCCAAACCCACGUCCAUUUGCAUUGUCUUGCGAUACGGGGGGGACAAUGGACAAAAAUUUCUUUGCAGGUGACUGUGACAAAAUAGAUGCUUAAAAAUAGAUAGUGUUGGCGUCAAUUAGUGACAUUUGAGAUACAUGAGGGAAUAUUGAGGACAACUGGGUUUUUAGUUAGAAGGCAGGCAAUGUAUUCAAAUUGUAAUGAAGGAUCACCUAUUCGUCUUUUCGUUCGAUAUUUUGCAAAAGCUAACCGUAAAACAAAGGAUAUGGUUUAGCUCGUGUAGAUUUUGAACCCACGGUUUACGUAACCGAUUUAGGGUUAAGAACCGAACCGGUGAUGGUCACUGUCGAUAAAAACAAUAAAUUUUAUUUGCUGUCCGAA